GUCGUUUGGUUAAAACACCUGUGUUGUCAAGGACAGACUGUAAACAUCCGGUUUAGCCUGACGAGGGCUAAAAUUGAACGAAUUAUUGAUGUUAGUUAAAAAUUAAAAUAUAAGAAAUCAAAAUAGAUCUGGACGCUAUCUAACAAAAAAGAAAAUGGAAACUCAGUAUCUUAAAGAUCAUCUUGGUUUCUUGCCUCAAUGCCUGAAGGAAGUAGUAGAAAGGCGUCCACAUGAUCCCAUUGAAUACAUAGCCCACUGGCUCAAAAAACAUGUUGAAAAUGAAAAAUAUAAACAAAAGAAAGAAGAAGAGGCAAGGCAGUUAGAAAAGGAAUUGGAACUUGAGGAAUUAGAAAAAGAAAACAGAGCCAGAAGGCUUGAAGAAACUUUAAGAUUUGCUGAAGAAGAAGCUGCAAGAUUAAAGGCAAAAGAAGAAAGGAAAGCCAAGGAGGCAGCAUCAGCUUCCAAGCUGCCCAUAGUGGAAGAGAAGGAAGAACCAGUCACUGAAACUCAUACUGAGGCUGACAAUGAUGAAAAUUCAUCUAAUCUAUUUGGAGAUAUUAAGGAAGAAGAUGAAACUAAAGCAGAAGAAGAAAUGAAAGAAAUAGACACAAAAGAAGAGGAAGGGGAAUCAGCUGAGCAGGAAACUGAUAAAUUUGAAACGGAUGAUGUAGAAGAGGGUUCACCUGAAGAAACAAGUGGAGCUGCUGAAGACUAGCACUACAGCUGCUACACCCUAGGAUCUCACCAUACUGACUAUUUGUUCAUUAUUUUAUUCAGCAAGAUGCCUUUUUACAUAUUUUAAAAACUCUACCUUAUAUUUUAAAAUUAGUAAUUUUUUUUUAAAAUUGGCUCUCUCAAAAUAUUUGUAUAAUGCAAGAUUGACUGAAAUUGGCUCAUUCAACAUAGCCCUAUAAUGUAAGGUUACAUACUAUUAUACUCGUAAAAAUAAGGUUAGAUGUAGAAUGUACACACACACAAAAUUUAAUAAAGAAAUAAAUUCUGUAUUUAAAUGCAAUGCUGUAAUGUGUUAUAAUAAUAUAUAUAAAAUAAUAAUUGUAUUUUAAUAGUGCUAUUUACUAGUAUAAUGCAGGGUCAAGAUGCUUUGACAUUAACAGACAAAACAAAAAGAAAAGCAAACUGAGAUGUAGUAAAUGGUGAAGUAUGUGAUCUUUUUGAGAUCAGUCGGAAGCAAGUUUGCUUUAAACACGUCCACAUUGUGUAUAAGUUAAUGUUGUGAUAAGAUUGUGAUUAUUUUUGUAAAUUUGAAUUGAAUUUGUAAUAAACUGAAAACAAACAUAAAA